CAGAUUUGAUCUCUGCUCCUGCUGACCUUUGGAACCCCGGCCCCAAGCAGUUAUGUUCUGCAGCAGGUGCUGGCUGGGGCGGGCCUGGGGAAGAAGAAGAAGGUGUGCCGCAGCGGCACUCGUGGGAGCAGCAGCAGCAGCUUCGGCCUUGGCGGGGAAGGCGAGGAAGCCCUGCCCUCCCCCCCCCCCUCCUCCUCCUCCUCCUCCUCCUCCGGCUGGCGUGCGUGCUUGCAGCCGCGGCCAGGCCGUGCGGGUGGGUGGGUGCAGGCGCCGCUCUGCCCUCUGGUUGGCUCAGCUGCCCUUGGGCGAGAAGGGAGACGCUCAAUCGCGGCUCCAUCCACCGCCGGCCGCGCUCUUGCAAGUAGCUGCAAUGAGAAGAGCCGGCUCUCCGGGCCGUGUGAUCAGAGAGGAGCGGGAUCGGGAUCGGGAUCAGGUGCAAGGCUCUGGCCGCCGCAGCAGGGAAUGUGACUCCAUCAUGGGCGAAUACCACAUCCGAAUAUAUGAGGACAGAGACUAUGAGGCGGUGCGCACCAUAUUCUCCGAUGGGAUCAAGGAACAUGCUCCUGCUGGCUUCCGGCAUGCUCUCAGUUGUCCUCCGACCCACCUGCUGCUGCUGGGCGUCUUCCUCGUGGCCUACCUGACCUCUGCUUCCUUCCUCUUGUCCCUUGGGGUUGUGUCUGCCCUUUUGGUUCUGGGCUGGUUUCAUAUGAAGGCCCUCUGGGUACAGUAUGUUGAAGAGGCCCUCUGCAGUGACAUGCGGAACAUCCGGCAAACGUACCUGGAACCCAAAGAUUGCUGCUUCUGGGUGGUGGAGACUGGUGGGGAGGUGGUGGGGACGGUGGCUGCCGCUCAUCCAGAAAGUCCAUCUCUGCAGGGCAACGCGCUGGAGCUGAAGCGCAUGUCCGUGGAGAAGCGGCACAGAGGCCGUGGGAUCUCCAAGGCGCUCACCAGGACCGUCAUACGUUUUGCCAAGGAGCGUGGGUACAAGGAAGUCAUGUUGGGCACCUCCAUGGUGCAGUAUGCUGCCCAGCGGGUGUAUGAGGGUGUCGGCUUCCGUAAGGCCAAGAAGAUCUACCCCUCUUUCUUGGCUAGGCUACUUCAGUUCCAUGUUUAUCUCUAUCACUAUGAGAUUGCAAGAUCUGGCUAGCACAUUCAGAAAGCAGCCCAGGGAGUUGAGGACAAUACGAAAGCUUCUGCUGAUGCAACAGAUUAUGGCUUGCUUUCUGACCAGAUAGAGAUCCUGUCUUGGAAGAGGCAUAAGAAGAGAGGAUAGCUGCUGAGAAGCACAGGGUGUCAAUUACUGUUUUGAUUCCCAAGAGCGGAGACAUACAGUAUGUGAUCUUUUUGUAAAUCUUUGUCGUGUUUAAUUAACAAAGGCCAGCCCUGGUUCUAAUAAAUGGAUGCCUUCAAUACUCUAGAAGAACUUCACUGAGUAAUUGACCAAUACUUUUUUUUUAAUGGUCAAAGGCCAUCAUUGGGAGUGCCUGUGCCAGCUUCACUGUGUCUUGAAAGGGCAUUGCGGGGUACUUAAAAAAUCUGUGGCCUUGUCCCACAGCCCACAAUCAUCCCCCCCCCGCCCGGAAUAAUUACAUGUGCUUUUAAAAGUCUCUAAUAUUAUAAUGCAGCCCUUCUGAAGGUGGAAGCAGCAGAGAGCCAGGGGAGGCCGGGAGCUCUCUCUCCCCUGCUCUGUGCAGGUGCCUCCACAGCUGCCCUUCCUUUCUGGAAGAAGCCAUGGAGGAGGGAAGUGGGGGGCUGUUGGGAUUUGGGGCUCUGAUCUGGGGAGUGAUGCCACAUGCUCCCCUCUUAAGGACACUCCUGAUGUCUUGGUGCCAUUCCUGCAUUUGACCAAUAGCACUUUCUUGCCUCCAUGCACCAACUUGGGAAUGCCAUGGUAACUAAUGGUGACUAUGGGGAGACAUGAUCGAGGUAUAUAAAAUUAUGCAUGGAGUAGAGAGAGUGGACACAGAGAAAUUUUUCUCCUUCUCUCACAUUAGCAGCAUGUGCAGUGAGUGUCCUUCUGUUGUGGAAUAAUUCCCUGUCUCUGGAAACCUGUUCCAUUCCUAUCUGCACUGGAACAUAGGAAGCUGCCUUAUUUUGGUCCAUCUAGCUCAGUAUUAUCCACACAGACUGGCAGCGGCUUCUCCAAGGUUGCAGGCAGGAGUCUCUCUCAGCCCUAUCUGGAGAUGCUGCCAGGGAGGGAACUUGGAACCUUCUGCAUGCAAGCCUCCAGGUGCUUUUCCUAGAGCAGCCCCAUCCCCUUAAGGGGCAUGUCUUACAGUGCUCACACAGUUAGUCUCCCAUUCAAAUGCAAACCAGGGCAGGCCCUGCUUAGCAGAUUAUUUCAAUUUAUUCUCACCUGUCAUGUUGCUGAAAUGGGGAUACUAACUUGAUUCAUCACCUGCCCUGUAUUGUUUAAAAAGCCAGUUUUCCUGAUCAAAAGGACAGGGAGAGAUAUGAAUGUGUCUGUGUUAAAAAAAAUACUAGUCCCUAUGAAAGGCUGCAGAUACCAAUAGUCUGGGCAGGAGAGGAAUUCCUGUCCAGGCAUGGAUAAACCACCUUGCAUACAGCACAGCGUGCCGCUCAUGGAAGGCCUGAUCCUGUUGUCUCCAUUCAUCCCCAAAUUGUUCCCUUAUUGUAUUUUUUACUUAUUUAACAUACUUACUCUGUGCCCUUCCAGUACACUACUGAUUCUCCCGAGCUUGGAGAGGCUCUGACCUGGCAGCGAUUGAACAAGCCUUAGUAGCAACAGAGCCUCUUCAAGCUCGGGAGAAGUGAGGGUGUGAUUUAGGGGAAGAACAGAGACAUUCUUGGUGUCCACCCAGCCCUUCCAGUGGUGGUGUGCUGCACUGUAUGUGAGUCACUGGCUUCUAAAUUGCCCUUUGCUUGUUAAAUAAAUAAUCAGCCUGAGGAAGGGUCCUGUGCAUGGAUACCACCACCCACUUUAAAUUUGCUGGGAUUUUCUGUAUUUUAGGAGCUCUGUUUACAAGAAGUAGAGCAGUUACAAAGAGUGGUGUUUGUGCAGAUGUUUUGUAUAUCCUUUGGUUCCUCAAAGACUGUGCCCAGGAACCGCAGGCUGCUCUGUCUAGAUGCAGCCAACAUAGGCUUAAAGAGACAUAGGCUUGAAAAAAAAAGGUGUUUCCCAAAGAAAUCUGUGUUCAAUAAGUAGAUGUGUGGUGCUGCCUUAUUCUGAGGGUCAAACUGGAUGUGGUAUGGGAGGUCCGUGAUCUCUCUCCCUCUUCCUUGCGGUUAAGGUUGUUAUGGCAGCUGCAGGGUUGGGAGGGGAAUCACACUGAGGCUACAGUAUUUGUGGGUCUCUGUUCAUCCUUUCUCCUGCUCCAUUUCCCAUAUUUAAUGUGCGUGGUAUGUAGUCCUCAGAGCUGUGGUUGGCAGAAAGGUGCAAGAAGGCUUCUCUGUUCCAGCCACCCGGGAUGUGGAACUCCCUGCCCUGUGAGAUUAUAGUUACUUGCUUCCUCUGGGGUGUGGAAGGCUUGGCUUCCUCAACAGGCCUUCGGUUUGUGACUACCGAGGUUUAUUUGCUGGCUCUUUUUUUUGGACUGUGUUGUACUGCUUUUAAAAUAUUACUUCUUUUUGGA